CACGUCCUGGGAAAGGGGUGUGUUUAAAGGUUUAAAUCCCACGGACAUGCGCCGUAGCGUGUCCGUGCUGUUGGGUGCGCCAUAUUGGUUUACAGGGGAGUGGAGUUGGGCAAGCUGCGUUCAAAUCAAACCAAUCAAACCGACAUGAAGCGGUAGUAGUCUCUGUAGGUACUCAUUUCUGCUAAUAUCAAGUUCAAUGGAUUCCAGGAGCGCUUGGAUUCAGCCGGAGCAGAAGGCCUCUACCAAUCCCCUGUGGAUGCACAUUUGGGAAACGUCUCGGGGAUUUCGGGACAACUCCAGCGUUCACAACCUACAGCGCGACUGUCGGACGCUGAGCGGAAACUCGUCGGCCUCAAACAGUGAGUUCUGUAAAAGCGUAUCUCCGUCAUCAGGAGUUGUAAUUGGGAAGCUGGCGAGGCAAAGCAGCGAGGCGGACAGCGGCAUCGGUAAAAAGGGCUCUUCGUCGCCGUCCUCCUCUCUGGACUCGGAGGCCGAGGGGUCCUCCUCGCCCUCCGACUCUGUGUCUUCACACGCCGACAAUCUUAACUUGGCGGAGGAGGUGAAACAGUUUUUACACUACGGCGAACACGAGUUCAACGUGAACAAUCUUAGACAGCAGCAGCAUCUUCCUCCGCCUUUUAAUAAUGUGCAGCAGCAGCAGCAGCGUCAUCGUCGCAGCAUGCAUCUCUCCGGCAGCCACACCCCCACGGGAAUCAAAACCCACCACCAGGCCAACAAGCACCACCAACAUUCCUCCGGGCGCAGGAGGCAUCUCAACCGGGCCAACACGUUCCAUGGGCUCAACCAUUUCCUCUCCAGCAGCUGUAAUGGGAACUACACGGAUUCGUGUAGCUUAUGGAAGACCAGGCGGUACAGCCCGGGUAUAAAUGGUCUUCACGAGGAGAUAGUGGACUUUUUCAACUUCAUGUCACCGCGCCCAGAGGAAGAAGCAAUGAGGAGGAAUGUGGUGAACAGAAUUGAAGGAGUCAUCAAGGACUUGUGGCCCACAUCCCGAGUGGAGAUAUUUGGCAGCUUUAGCACUGGUCUCUACCUCCCAACAAGUGACAUUGACUUGGUGGUCUUUGGAAAGUGGGACACCCCUCCACUCCAACAGCUUGAACAGGCCCUAAGAAAACACAAUAUUGCUGGCCCGCACCCCAUCAAAGUCUUGGACAAAGCAACGGUACCAAUCAUCAAGCUGACGGAUCAUGAGACGGAGGUGAAGGUGGACAUCAGCUUCAACGUGGAGACUGCUGUCAGGGCUGCACAGCUCAUCAAGGGCUACCUCAAACGGUACACUGUCCUUCCCCCCUUGAUCUUUGUGCUGAAGCAGUUUCUGCUCCAGAGGGAUCUGAACGAGGUGUUCACCGGAGGCAUCAGCUCUUAUAGCCUCAUACUGAUGGCCAUCAGCUUCCUCCAGUUGCACCCGAACAUUGACACACGGCGCGCCAACAUCAACCUGGGCAUCCUGCUCAUUGAGUUCUUUGAGCUGUACGGCCGCGACUUCAACUACCUGAAGAUGGCGAUCCGCGUGAAGAACAGCGGCACCUACCUGUCCAAGGAGGAGCUGAUGCAGUCCAUGGGCAACGGCAGCAGACCCUCCAUGCUCUGCAUAGAGGACCCCGUGCAACCGGAUAACGACGUGGGCCGGAGUUCGUACGGCGUGCUCCAGGUGAAGCAGGUGUUUGACUUUGCCUACAUGGUGUUGAGCCAUGGCGUGUCCCCCCUGGCACGGGCCUACCCCAACAAGGAGCACGACAGCACGUUGGGGCGAAUCAUCAAGGUCAGCCAGGAGGUGUUGGCCUACCGGGACUGGACAAUCAAGGAGUGGGGUGCCAAGCAGUAUUCGAAACUGGAAAGCCAUGGUAUCGAGAGCUGCGAGAAGGACCUCGCCCGCCUAAUGCUGGCCUCCCUAGACGACCAGCGGGACUCCUCGUCCCCCGACAGCUCCGACUCGCCCUCGCCCUCCCCGGUCUCCCUGCCCAGUCCCCAGCACUCCUCGUCCUCCUCCGCCUGCUCCCUCUCCUCCUUCUCCGGCAGUGACGUGGAGUCGGACUCUCCCCCCAGCGGCGGCUCGGCCAUCCAGCUCCACGCCCUCGCGCUCUCCUCCGUGGUGCAGCUGGCCGCUGACCUCCAUGCCAAGCAUCCCGCUGGCUUCCUCCCCGCGGCACCACAGGUCCACAUCUCCCUACCCGGCGGCAACAUGGCCUACCCCGCCGUCGUUGACGGCCGCUUCUACCACGAGAACUCCCCGUCCAUCAACGGCGUCCACCGCCAGGUGCAGGCCCAUCAUCAUCAUCAUCAUCAGCAGCAGCAGCAGCACCACCAUCAUCAUCAUCACCCUCCUCCUCCUACGCAAGCGCCCCCGCCGGGGGACCCCUCCAGCCCGCUGCCCAGCCCCCUCCGCCAGCUCCACCCGGGGCCCACGCCGCCGGGCCUCCAGGGCUACGUCCUCCGGCGGGACCCGCAGGGCGGCGGCGGCGGCGAGCCGCUGCCGGGCACGGUGGUGCAGUGUCAGACCUACGGCCCCGGCCACUUCACGCACUGCUUCGUGUCCCAGACUCACGCCGCGGUGGCGGGGCUCUUCAAGGCCCCCCAUGCCCACCAGCAGCAGCAGCAGCAGCAGCAGCAGCAGCAGCAGUACGCACGGCAGCCCUGGAGGAAAGGGAAGAGGUUCAGCGUGCCCCCGUGAACCGAGGCAGACGGCACAUUACAUGGCGUGCGUAGUUCCUUUAGUUGCUUUUGAGGCGGGCUCCGUCUGAGCCGUCCGAAGUCGAGUCCAACCUUGGGUCUUAUUGUAGAAAGCCUGUUAAAUUAUUAUUUUAUUUUUUUUAUGGCGCUCCACACCACUUGAAUCUCACUGGUCUCGAAUGUAAUUCCAAGCUCCCUUUUUCCCUUAGCCUGCAAGGUCAGUCAGUGGGAGCGCCAGGCGACAGCAAGUCCUCCACGGGGAGUCAAGCCGGAACGCCAACACCCAUGGUGUGGUGUUCCUUUUUGAAGUCAUACCAGGGCUGGUUUGCCGUCAUCAUUCGGUGUAGAUCGAUUUGGUUAUGCAGAAGCCACUUGUUUUCCAAUAUCUUUUAGGUGUUUUUAGUUUGGUCCCAAUGUACACCAGCAAGGACUUCAAAACAAAAGCUACAAAGUUGGCGGCGUGUUCGGCCUCGGUCCUCAAACCAGAGCCUUCCUACGCUCGCAACUGGCCGCUCGCUCACAUUGACAAAAAGGGACUGUGAAUCUGCCUUCCCAGGCGUCUGAACCUCGUGGUCGGACAUGGUUUGCGAGUAUAAAUAUGGAACGGGUUCUCCUCACGAGGUCUUCACGACGGAACGACCAGUUUCUUGUAGUUUCGAGAUGCUUUCGCAGUGUUCGAAACGUAAGUAAACUCCGGUUGUGUUUCUGAAUAGGAGGAGCCUCUAGCGCUUUAUUUUUUUUCUGCGCUGUUCUAGUGUAAAGUAUGUCGGGUCUCCUGAAAUAAGCUCAGAUAUCUGCCAUGAUGUGGCUUUGGGAACUAAUCGAAGCUGGACAAUUCAAGUGAAGAUUUUGUAGUUUCUUUUUUUUUUUUGUGACCCGAAUCAAAGCACUACCUUCCUACCUAUGCAGCACAAUGCUGACUAGGCGUUUUUCUCGCGUAGCGGCACAAAAUGGACGACCUCUGAAGUGCUUAAACUGUGAUGACUUGUUUGAAUGUACAGCUUUUAUCUUAUUUUUUUGUAUGUCGCUUUUGGUCAUUAUUAUGUCUUUGUGUGUGAGUGUGCAUCAACUUAUGGUGCAAUUUUCUGUAUCACUGAGGAAUUAUUGUUUAUUUUUUGUGCACUAUCAAUAUUAUGCUUUAUGCGCUGUAGACAUUGCCACCUUACCGUUACAGUAUAUUGCCUUUAUUUCUGUAUGUGCAAUAAUGACCAGAUUUUAUUUAAUUUAUUUCACAUUUGAGUUUUAUUUUAUGGGCCAUGAUCGGUGCAAUAGAUAGUUUUAGUCCUCCAAGGGACCCAUGUCCAUACCCCGGGUAGAAAGAGAGCGGGCACAUAGCGACAGGAAUCUCAUGUGCCAAAAAACCCACAUUACCAUGCCAACUUUUUACACCCGUGUGUUUUGCCAUCGCACUACCAUCACUUGAACUCAUUGCCAACUGCCUAUCCCAAGUACCCCUGCUCCGACACUUAAACCUUUCACAUGUACGUUUAUUUUUUGUAUCCGUUGUUGUCGUCCUUGUUGCGACAUUGUUCUUUGUGCUUGUGUUCUUCCGUCCUCAAUGUGACCUUUUUUCCGUGGGUGUUGCUGACUGAGGAAAAAGCGUCCAGAUCAUUCGUCUUCCGUUGUCAUUUUGAGAGGUUUUGGUGCUACUUAAAUGCCAAAGUGUCUUAGGCCUUGUUCACCCGCCCCCCCCUUGCCUAAUGGAUUUCAGUUAAACCGAUGCAUUUAGUCCUCCUUUUUUUUUAUAUAACUGACCAAAUUCAAUAAUUUUAUUCCUUCAGUUUAUUCCGUAUAUGUAGUCAGAACUGUCUAUUUAUUUAUGUACACACUGCCUUUAUUUAAAACAAACGUUUUAGCUUGGUCUUACAUUUUCACAAAUGGCUUUUGGUGUUGGUUUAAUUCACAAAUUGACUAUUCUGUUUUUUUCAGUCAGACAUUCAGAAUCAUGUUACAUUCCAUUCAUUUUUUUGCCCCCUCCCCCCACUGCCUGAUUACUAGAUUUGCUGAAUGACUUAUUGAAUGUGUUUAAUAUCUGCACCAUUUCCCAGGGUUGUGUCCUCUUGCCAACAUGCCUAUCUAGAGAAUUCACACACAACACAAGAUUAGAAACCUCUUCUUUCCCUCUGCUUUAAAUGGACCUCUUUAAAGAAGGGAAUGAAACGAGUUGGGAGAGUCCUUUUUGUUUUUUCCUUUUCUUAUAUAUUCUUUUUUAGGUUGAGUGACUAGUGCGACGGUUGGAACAAUGUAGUCAAGUUUUAACGUUUAGUGCCAUAAUGGACUCCACAGAAACACUGGCAACAUGUUCUGCUUUCAACACAACCGGGCUGUGUUGAACAUUGCAGUGCCUAGUUUCAACUGUUUUGCCAUGAACCAAAUCUUGAACCAGUGUCUGUCUGAACAAUGUGUGGGUUUGACGUGUAAAUGAGUAUCAUAUGGAUGUAAACCUUUCCUUUUUAGGCACCAUUUUUAUGUAAUGUUUUCUAUUUUUUUAAUAAACAUUUUAAAACG